GGGCUGUGUAAACCUGUACUGCUGUUGGAGGAAUCCUCAGGUGUAGUUCAGGUGGCGUACAGUCAGCAGGUGCUGAUGGUGUCAACGCAGCACAGAUCUCUGCUCUACUGUACACAGACACAGGAUGUCCAGCAGCUGGGCUCUAAACCCCGCAAGAGCAGUGGCAGGUUCGGUGCCUGCUUCCUGCCCGCUCUUUGUAAACAGAGCGACCUUCAGGUGUUUGCUGCUCGACCUGGACUCAGACUGUGGAGGUGUGACAUCACAGGACAGGUGGAGGACACACGACAGCUCAAACCUCUGUUCAACACACAGAUUCCUCAGUUUCAGUUGUUUCCUCGUCCUGGUCCAGUUGGAGCGUAUCGUCCAGCAGACAGACAGCUCGGGGUGCUCAGCUGUUUCCUCAGAAAGGACUGGAUCCUGAGCUGGAACGAGUACAGCGUCUACGUCUUGGACUUUGUCAGCGAGGUGAUCAUCGGAGCUUUGGAGAGCAGUGGAGACAUCGUAUCAGUGUCCUGUUGUGAGAAUGAGAUCUUCAUCCUGAAAGGAGACAGAGACGUCAUCCGAUUGUCCAACAGCCCCGAGGGACUGCCCUCCAGCUUGUCUGAGCUCUCCAUCCGUUUGUCCUCGCCUUUGACGAUGCCCAGCAUGCUUCCACAAACUGGGUCAGUGGAAACAGCUCAACCAAUCAGAACCAUUGCCAUCAUCACAGAGGGUGGGGCUAGACAGGAGGGAGGGGGGGGGGACUCGGUGAGAGAGGAGGAGGAGGAAGUGACGGAGGCGCAGGAGCAGCUGGAACAGCAGGAGGUGAUGGAGCAGCUUUGUAGACAGUCCUGUUUGCUAACUGGCAGCUCUAGUAGUUGCAGUACCUCAAAUACCUUGAGCUCCCGUGAGGUCAGCGCCAGAUGCUACAGUGCCCCCCUGGGUCAGGAAGAGAUGCAGCAGGAGCUGGUGGUGAAAGCUGUAAGAGUGAAGAAGAAAAAGAGAAGGCAAGACAGUAGCAGUGGGAACCGUCUCUCUGAGAGCAGCUGCUCAGACUCCAUGUUUGUAGUCCAAGACAGCAGCUGUAGUGAUGGAGGAAGUGGAACUCCUCUGAGUGACCGAGCCUCCCUCAUGUGGCUGGACCAGGACUCACAAGAGGAGGGAGGAGCACAUUCAGAUGGAGGUUUAAAGGAGGGAGAGAAGAUGGACUCUUGCUCCAUCCUCCCUCCAGGAUCCCUCCUCCUUCAGAGUCCAGAGAAGCAGAUGGUAACAGGAAAGGCCUCAGAAGCCGAGGUCAUCCCUCCAACACCAGAUGUGGAUCUAUUGCUGGAGUGCACCUUUUCCUAUAUGCAAAACCCUGAAGAAGAGGAUGGACAAGAGCAGCAGCCAUUGGAGGAGCAAGAUGAUGAGUAUCUGAGCCCUCUGAUUGGACCUGAGGAGGAGGAUGAUGAUGAGGUGGGCAACUUGAUGCCCCCUGCUGGCUUGGCAGACCAGAUGUUCUACUCCACUGUGUCCACUCUGGACAGAGAGCCCAGUUUGUCCAGUGAUGAAGAGGGAGACAUCUACUGUCACACUCUGCCUGCAGCUGGCAGCAGAGGAGAAGUCCUCACCUGUUCAUCCAUUCAGAUGGAGAAGAGUAGUGACAGCAAGGCGGACCGGGAUGCUCAGGACAGAGACGGACACAAAUCUGACCAGUUGGCAGAAAGCUGGAUGGGAUACUUAGGACCAGGGUGUGGAAUACUGAGCCUGCAGGUGACAGACAGGUAUGUGUGGUGUCUGGACUUCAAAGGAGGACUGUUCUGCAGCACCUUGCCUGAAAAUGGACUCAACUGGCAGCGCUUCGAAGACAACGUCCACCAGGUGGCGUUAUCACCUUCAGGUAAUCUGCUGUGGAAGGUGGAGCAGAAGAGCAUGACAGCUUUUGCUUGUGCAAAAGUGUCAGUUAAAGGAAAACGUCACUGGUACAAAGCUGUGGAGCAAACAGCAUUUGUCGCUCUGAGUGACGACUCCGCCUGGAUCAUCAGGACCAACGGCGACCUCUACCUGCAGACAGGUCUGAGCGUGGAGCGUCCGUGUGCUCGCUCGGUGAAGGUCGACGCCCCCUGUGUGUUCAGCCAGGUGUGUGUUAGAGAGGGCGUGGUCUGGGCUCUGAGCGAACACAAGGCUUUGUUCUACAGAGAAGGACUGAACAGCUACUGCAGCGAGGGGGAGGGAUGGAAGUAUGACACUGUCAGUGAGGCUCAGGGUCUGGACCUGAUGUGCGUGACCCUGGGAGACGGGGGAACGUCCUGGGCUCUGGACGCCAGUGGCAGCCUCUGGUUCAGGACAGGAAUCUGUUCAUCCAAACCACAGGGAGAAGACGACCACUGGUGGCAGAUCAGUAUUUCGGACUACGUCGUGUUCGAUCAGGGAAGUCUGUUCCAGACGCUGUUGCAGGCGACGCAGAGUGUUGCCACGGUAACCAGGGCCCCUGUGGAGCGGGUGGUGGCGUUUCUGUCUCAGUACUCUCAGUGUCAGCCGAGCCUGGUUAGCGCCAACACUGGCGGAGUCUGGGUCGCAUCAGGACGGAACCAGCUGCACCUGGCCCGCGGCAGCCUUGUAGGAACCUUCUGGCAGAACGUCGUUCCCAGAGGAACCGUGUCGACAACCAGGUGGAGCUUCAUCACAUGUUCAGUGGUGCCUCACAGAGAAGGUGCUCUGCUGUGGUUGGCUCAGAGCAGGAAGGAUCUUUUCUGUGUUUGGGAUCAGGAUGGAGAGCUACGUCCCUCGUCUGUCCCCCUCUCACCUGAGAUGGAGCUGACUCACCUCUCUGCCUGUCCUGAUGCUCUUUGGGGUUUGGACACUCAUGGUCGAGUUAGAAUUCGUACACUGUCUCAGUCCUGUCCCACAGGACUGAACUGGACCACACUGGACCUGAGUCAGCUUGGUAUACACAGACAAACACAGACACACCCAGACACUCACACACA